ACUUAUAGUAAAGUAGAGACACGGUAAGCGGUACAACAGUAUCAUGACAGGUUUCUCUUGAGUUGUAAGUAGAGAAAGUACCAAAAAAAUGGAAGACGACAUCGUAACUCGAACAGGGAACCGGAUUUCCCGAAGUGCGGUUCUCUUUGGUUCUGCAAACAUCGAGCUAGGCGGAAACUGCACCCUCUCCCCGGGAGCAACGGUGAGAGGGGACUUAGCGUUGUUGCGAUUCGGGUCUGGAUGUGUACUUGGUUUAAGGUUAGUCCUUCGUUUUGCAGGGGAGGACAUAGCAGCUCCAGGGUCAAUCACUUCCUUAUAAUAAGUUCUUGCGUUUUUUAGACAUCUAAUCCUUUGCUCCUGCGUGAUCCGACCAAGUCGAAAACAGCACGUUUUCGUUGCUUCGAGGUAUGGAAACAACGUCCAAGUAGGGGAAAAUGCAGUUGUUCAAGCGGCAAGUGUAGGCGACGGUGUCCGCAUCGGAAAAAACGCAGUGAUCGGUGUACGUGCGCAAUUGCAUCGACACUGUCGUGUCUUGUUAAGGGUCGUACAUCGAAAUUACUAUUAUACAUCCUGCACUGUCAUCAAAAGUUCACUGGAGGUGCCAUCGCUGAUGCUCUGAAGGAUGUAAAAUUUCAAACUGCUCUAAUUUCACCUGGCACUGUACUGCCCAGAGACGCAGUAAUCCCACCUUUUGCGACGGUUGGUGGGGCACCGGGAAGAGUCUUAUCGGAUGAACAUAUUUUGUCCGAUGUCGAUGGUACUGCUGUUGAAGAUAAUUUUCCAUCUUCGAGUUCGGAGACUAAAGGCAGCGUGAGAGGAGGUAGCGGAGAUGAUUCUUGGGGAGAAACAACGAAUUAUAUGCCUAUUGACAACAUCUUCGGAGACCGACGACCUCUAAAGGGUCGCCCAUUAGCAGUUGGAGGCGAUAAUUCAUUGUUGAAUAAACCGAAAGAGAAGUCUUUUUCUCCGGAAAGAAGGAAAAGCGCCAGGACUACACCAAAGAAGGACGAUGGAUCUCGCGAAGACAUCAAAACGGAGGUCUCUACUCUUGUUGACCAAAAGAACGCAUCUGCACCUGGUUUGAAAGAAGAAGAAGCUGCUGUUCCCGCUACCUCAACAUCCCUGACCCGCAAAAGCGGCACUCUUGAAGGUGCUGGUCAAACAACAGCAGCCUCGAAUGAACAAGGUAUCGGGCGUGUGCUAGAAGAGCACAACAUUCCAAGAACAGGAGCUUUGGUAACGACAAAAGAAGGCAAGACGUGAAGAGAAGUUUUCGCAAAGCGCUUUGCAACCUGUGUGACUUUGCAACAAGGGCUGUGGCUUGUGGGUUCCUGAGCACGGUUCUGUUAACCAU